AUGCCAGAGAACUCAGCCAAUUAUUCCUCUGAAGCAACCCUGGGUCUCUAUGAGGAUGGGGUACUAGAUGCAGUUUACCAAGAAAAGAGGAAGAUAUUGAAUCGUGCCAUUCAGGAGAUAGGGAUGGGGAAGUAUCAGUAUCUGUUAUUUAUUGUUGCAGGAUUUGGGUGGUUCACAUACGCCUCUUCUUUGAUUACUGGCUUGAUACUCACUCCCGUCAUAGCUGAGUUCUGUUUCAAUGGGCCCUUGCUUACCCUUGCAGAAAAUAUUGGACUAUUGGUUGGUGCAGUCUUCUAGGGCUUAGGCAGUGACAUAUGGGGCAGAUGGUGGUCCUUCAAUGCUACAUUGUUAAUAGCAGGAAUAUUUGGACUGGUGUCUGGCGGAUCACAUAACCUCACUAUGCUCACAUCAUUGAUUGCUGUUCUAGGAAUCAGUGUUGGGGGUAACCUUCCUGUUGACUCUGCUGUUUUUCUAGAUUUUCUUCCGGCAUCUCAUCAAUAUCUCUUGACAGUCAUGACGGUGUUCUGGUCUUUGGGGCAACUCUCUGCGAGCGUGGUAAUUGCUUGGGUCUUCAUCGCCAAUUAUUCCUGUUCUGUUACUGCCACGAUUUGCCAUAAAUCUGAGAACAUGGGCUGGCGAUACCUCCUAUUUAUGCUUGGUGGAUUGACAAUCCUCCUCUGGGGCAUUCGUCUCUUUGCUUUUGAUCUUUGUGAGAGCCCCCACUUUCUUAUUGGUGUAGGUAAGGAUGAAGAGGUGGUAGCUGUCAUUCGUAAAAUCGCAGUCUACAAUACCAUCACAACUUCACUGACUCUGGAUCAACUUGCAAAGGCAGGUGGUGUCUUAACAAAUAAAAGGCUGGAUAAGAAGGCAAGAGGAGUACUGAGCGAGACAUCCAAUUUUACUACCAACCAUGUGAAGGCUUUAUUUGCGACACAGAAAAUGGCUUAUUUGAUGUCACUAUUGAUCAUUCUUUGGGGCAUCACUGGCCUUGCAUCAACUCUAUACAACAGCUUUCUGCCAUUUUUGCUUGCAAGCCCUGGUGUCAACUUUGGAGAUGCUACUUUGACAGUCACAUAUCACAAUGCAAGUCACUACACAUCCUUGGAUGAUCAACUACUGAUACUGAGCUUGGUCAGCAUGCCUGUGGCUUUCUGCAUGGGGUGGGUGGUAGAACUUACAUUCAUUGGGUGCAGGGGCACCCUGGCUAUCUCAACUGAGCUGACUGGAAUAUUUCUCUUUGCAAGCACAACCACCUGAAGCUCCAAUGCUCUUCUGGGAUGGAAUUGUGGGUAUGCAUUCAACGGUAAUAUAAUGUAUGGGGUUCUCUAUGCCAUUUCUUCAGAAAUUUUUCCUGCCAAAGAUUGAGGUACAGGGAAUGGGUUGGUGUCAACAGCUAUGCGAGUUUUUGGAGUUGUCGCGCCAAUAAUUGCGCUAUGCGCUAACAUCACAACUGCUGUGCCCAUGUACAUUGCGGGUGCUCUUCUCAUUUCUGCUGGUGCUUUGACACUUCUUCUGCCCUACAAACCUAGGGGAAAGGCAUCAAUGUAA